AUGGAAAAGGGAUAUGUUGGGCAGAGUCACGCUAAUGAUAAAGAUGUUCCUGGGUUAGCUCCAAUUGAUAAUGUGAAGGCUAGUGAGAUGCCUUUUGCUGCUGAGGAUACUAGUAUGGAUUCAGGUAAGGUUGCUGACAGUAUGGUGAAAGCGGCUCCUAAGGGAGUUGAUAUCUUGCCUGUGGACCCUGCUUCUAAUCGGAGAGUUGAGGGUGGGGGAAGAAAGCCGAGACUAGCUUCUCAGGGUGUUGCCAAUAUUCUUCUGAAAAUGAAAGCCAAGAAGAAAGAUAAUAUGGAAAAGAUAAAAAGGCUUGGUGAAGUGGGAGAGAAAAUGCAGGCUGAGAUUGUUUGUUUGCUUGAAACUCGGGUCAAAGAGAUUAAGGCUCAGAAUGUUAUGGCUCAGUUUGUGGAAGAGUGGAGUUACUGCUGGAAUUACAGUUGCUUAGAUAAUGGUAGGAUCUGGGAAGAGCUAUGGAAUCAACUCUCUAAUGUUUGUUCUUUGGUUGGUAGUAAUAUUUGGUUGGUUGGGAGAGAUUUGAACGUUACUGUUAAAGCUAUGGAGAGCUCAAAGUAUGAGGAUUGGCACCUCACAUCAGAAAUGGAUGACUUGAGGAAUUGUAUGACAGAUUUGGGUCUAGUAGAUCACCCCUUUUUUGGGCCUGUGUUUACUUGGUCUAAUAAACAAGAAGAGGGCUUCCUAGCCAGAAAAUUGGAUAGAGUUAUGGUUAAUGAUCAAUGGUGUGAGGCAUUUCCAAACUCUCAUGUGGAGUUUCAAGCCCCUGGAGUUACUGAUCAUUGCAUGACAGUUGUUUGGUGCACUCAUGAGAACCUUGCUUCUAGGCCAAAGCCCUUUAAUUUUUUUUACUUUUGGGCAUUGCAUCAUGAAUUUAAGGAGGUGGUUGGGCAAUCUUGGAAAGCUUUCAAUAAAAGAUGCUUUGCUAACAUAACUGAGAAAGUGGCUGAAAAAAUGAUUCAAUUGGAGAAACAACAAAUUCUGAACCUUUUUGGAGGGAUUCCAGUUAAAAGAAAGAGAAACACAAUAAGGGUCCUGGUUGAUGAGGGUGGUAAUAAAUUGGAAACUUUUGAUUCCAUAGCUGAUGAACUUGUGAACUAUUUUACAAGGCAGAUUGGUUAUGUUGAUGAUAUUGUGCAGGGGUGUACUAACAAUUUAGUGAUAGAUUUAUUGGGGUACACUCUUCCUGCAGGCAAGGAUAAAGCCCCUGGCCCAGAUGGAUACACUGUUGGGUUCUUUCAAUAUGCCUGGGACAUUGUUAGAGUUGAUUUUAUUGCUGUUGUGAGGUAUUUCUUUGAAACCUCUAGAAUGUUGUCUGUUUUUAACUCUACUGCCAUAGCUUUAGCUCCUAAGAAGCCUAACUAUUGUAAAGCUAUGGAUUUUAUACCCAUAUCCUGCUGCUCUGUAUUUUAUAAGACUGUCACUAAGAUACUGGUGAGUAGACUGGUUGGAUACCUUCCUGAGAUGAUUACUCCUAACCAGUCAGCCUUUGUGAGGGGGAGAAAUAUCGAAAGCAAUACACUCUUGGCUCAAGAGCUUGUCAGAGGGUAUGGAAGAAGUUAUAUUUCCCCUAGAUGUGUUAUUAAAGCUGAUUUGCAAAAAGCCUUUGAUUCUUUAAGUUUGAAGUUUCUGCUUGCUGUCUUGAAGGGGUUAGGGCUGCCAACUCAGUUUAGAGGCUGGAUUGAGGCUUGUGUUAUGGACUCCAGAUUCUCCAUUGUUUUGAAUGGUAGCCUUGUGGGAUAUUUUAGAGGGAGAAGAGGAGUAAGCUUGGAUUCAAUUGUUGGGGUUAAAUGUGUUUUGGAUAGGUUUUAUGUGAUGUCUGGGCUAAGGCUUAAUGCCUCUAAGACUGAAAUAUACAUUGCUGGUAUAAAUGAAAGACAGAGGACUUUGAUUCAAGAGACUACUGGAUUUACUAUUAGCUGUCUCCCAGUGAGAUACCUGGGGGUACCUCUUGUCCCCAGGAAACUGACUGAGAAAGACUGUGCUAGCUUAGUGGAGAAAAUCAAAGCUAAACAACUUAUUUUACCUGCUGUUGUAAGGAGGGUUUACCAACUUUGUGCCAGGUUCUUUUGGAAGGGAGGUGAUAUCCCAACUAAGGGUGCUCGUGUGAGCUGUAAAUAUUUGCUCUUUGCUGAGGGUUCUUUGUGGGUAGCUUGGGUGAGGUCUUAUGUCCUUAAAGGGGCUGAUUUUUGGUUCAUUGAAAGUAAAGAUUCAUUCAGCUGGAGUGUGAGGAAAAUUCUGAAAACAAGGGAAGAUUUGCAACCUUUGUUCUCAAGGAUAACAGACUGGAGCAAGGUGAAUGCUCAUUGGAUUUGGCAGGAGAUUAGGGAGAGAAGAGUGAAAGUUGAAUGGCACAGGAUAGUCUGGCUGCCAACUACUGAUAAGCUAGCUCGCAUGAGGAUUGAGGUGGAUGACAAGUGCAGAUUGUGUGAAGAUACGCCUGAGACUCGCAGCCAUUUGUUCUUUGAAUGUUCGUUUUCGAAGGCUGUGUGGGAGAGGAUUGCACGACUUUGCAAUGUUAACAGACCUGUAGGGACCUGGGAUGAGGAGCUAAUUGGGCUGUUAAUAGGUUCAAAGAGGAAUUAUAGACAGUUUAGAGGAGUGAGUAGGGAUAUAGAUAAUGUGGUGAAUUGUAUUAAAGAGGUAGUGAGGGUGAAGCAGUGUUUUUGUCUACUGCUUCUUGGAUAA